AUGGAAGAACAUGGCGGCGGCAGCGCCGGCCGUCACCGCCACCAGCGCAACCUUCCCCCUUCGGAUCGAUUUCUCGGUGUAUCCAGACUGCAAUUCUCUUCCCCCACGCCACCGCUCGAGCUUUCCGAGCACGACAUCUUCAAUACGCCAUCGGGGAGCUCUUCUCCCUCGUCGACUCAUUCUGGCUCCAGCCCAGGCCGGAAUCCGGCCCGUGUCCUCCCGAGCCAUACCCGUGGCCACCACGGCAUCCUAGCCGCCCUGAACGACCAAAGCCCGAGAUCCAGAUCUGGAUCGGGAUCCGAUUCCCGGCCUGUCUUCAACCACAGGGCCUCCACCUCGGCCUCCCUCUCUUCUUCCUCAUCCACCUCCCCCGCGAGGUCGCCGGCUAUGAUAAUGAUUCCUAAGCGUCCGCCUCCGCCUCCCCUGCCGUCGGAGAGGACGCGAUUCCAGCCCCAAUCCGCGCCGGUGAACGUCCCGGUGAUGCCGGCGGCCCUGGCGAGGAGGGCGAGGGAGCUCGAGGAAGUUGUGUCGGAGGGGGAGGAAGAGGAGGAUAACGGUGGGGUUAUGCUGCUGCCGCCGCAUGAGGUGGUGGCGGCUAGGAACACGCCGAUGCUGUCAUGCUCGGUGCUGGAGGGGGCUGGCCGGACUCUGAAAGGAAGGGAUCUCAGGCAGGUGCGCAAUGCCAUUUGGCGGAGGACCGGUUUUAUUGAUUGA